AUGAGGGAAGGAGGGUCAUCAUCGGUGAGUGCGGCGGUGGAAGGAGGAGGAGGGAGGAGGAAGCCGUCGUGGAGAGAGAAAGAGAAUAAUCGUCGGAGAGAGAGACGGCGGAGAGCUAUUGCAGCCAAUAUCUAUAAUGGCUUGAGAACACAGGGGAAUUACAAUUUGCCCAAACAUUGUGAUAAUAAUGAGGUUUUGAAGGCUGUUUGUAAGGAAGCUGGUUGGGUUGUUCUUCCUGAUGGCACCACCUUUCGCAAGGGUUCCAAGCCACCACUAGCUUCCAUUGAAACCUGCAACACAUCAACCACCACCACCAACACCACCCCAUCUUCUUCCCAGAAACCAAGCCCAAUUCCUUCAUAUCAAUGCAGCCCAUCAUCAUCAUCUUUCCCAAGCCCAUCCAACUCCUUUGCGUAUGCGAUUCCAUCGUCACUCCCUUCUCUGCGAAUCUCAAACAGUGCCCCUGUCACCCCACCUCUCUCCUCUCCAACUUCAAAGUUUCCCAAAGACAAUAAUCUCAACUGGGAAUCAUUCAGCAAGCAAUCCAUUUCAUCAUUCAACCUGCCGUUUUUCGCGUCUUCAGCUCCUACAAGUCCAACCAGGUACCAGCGGAUCAUGCCUGCAACUAUACCAGAGUGUGAUGAAUCUGAUUGCUCCACCAUUGGUUCGUGUCAGUGGAUGAGGUUCAAGAACUAUGAGCCGAUGAUGAUGAUGAUGAACCCCAACUCGCCCACGUUCAACCUGGUGAAACCGAUGGCUCCGGUGGCUGCAACCAUGGACGCAGGCUCAGAGAAGGGGAAAGGGAUGGAAUUUGAGUUUGAGAAUGGAGGAGUGAAGGCAUGGGAAGGGGAGAGGAUUCAUGAUGUGGGAUUGGAUGAUUUGGAGCUCACUCUUGGAAGUGGGAUUGCUAAAACAUGACGAUGUUGUUGUGUGUUGAUGAUUGCUCCUUUUUACAGUUCUUAAAAAGAUUUUAGAGGUUAGGACACCAGUUGAGUUGUGUUGAAGAUGCACAUGAAAAUGAGUUAGAGUUUAU